AUGCAAGACGAUAAACGGAUACAAGAUUUAACGCAACGUUUUCAAAACAUCAAUACGAGCCUUGAGGAUUUGAAUAGAGAAGUAAAAUCACUAGGAAAGAAGGAAGUAUCGGGUGAGAGUAGUUCUUCUACACCGAGCAAACAAGUUGAUGAUCAUCAACCAUCAGAGCAAGAUGAAGAAGUACUCACACCAACCACUCCGAUUGAUGAAAAUGAGGAGAGACAACUUUCUCCUCAUGAAGCCUUAUGUGAUGCUGCUUAUAAUGGAGAUUUAGAUGUGAUUAGAAAGGUGUUAUCAGAACGAGAGAAUCGAUACUUGGUCAAUGAAUUUUUAAAUUUUGAUGAAGUACUAGGAGAGAUGACUCCGUUCAUGUAUGCAGCGGUUAAAGGUCAAAUCGAAGCUUUGACUUUGUUUUUUGAACUUGCAAGGCCAAUUGUUAAUUUGCCUGAUUUCGAAGGAGAUACUCCUCUAAUUCUUGCCACCAACUCCAAACAAUAUGAAGUGAUGAAAUUGUUGAUUGAAAAAGGGUCAAACAUCAAUCACAUGGAUGAAAACGGUAUGAGUGCUCUCCAUGUAGCUGCUUCCAAUGGUGACAUUCUUGCUGUGAAGAUUUUGCUUGAAAAAGGUGCAGACAAGAAUCAAGCAACACGAGGAAGUACAGAUACAGCAGACAUGAUUGCAGAGAUGUAUGGACAUUCGACCGUUGCACAAUUUAUCAGAGAUUUUACCAAGUAG